UCACGGUGGAGUUGACUUGAAAAUCCUGACGCUGAACUUGGAGGGUGUCGUUUCAAGCUGUUUCAAGUAAAUAACGAUGGUGGACGCAAAUACCAAGAAAGAGCUAAGUGCGAUUCCUCUCCUUAAAACAAAAGCAGGCCCAAGGGAUAAAGACCUUUGGGUAACCCGUCUAAAGGAAGAGUAUCAAGCACUUAUCAAGUAUGUACAGAAUAAUAAGGAGCAAGAUAAUGACUGGUUUAGGCUAGAAUCCAACAAAGAAGGAACCAGGUGGUUCGGGAAGUGCUGGUUCGUCCAUGAGCUCUUGAAGUAUGAAUUUGAGGUCGAGUUUGAUAUACCUGUGACGUACCCGGCGACUUCGCCGGAGAUCGCACUACCGGAGCUGGACGGAAAGACGGCCAAAAUGUACCGAGGCGGGAAAAUCUGCCUCAGCGAUCACUUCAAGCCCCUGUGGGGCAGAAACGUGCCCAAGUUUGGCAUCGCCCACGCCAUGGCACUCGGACUGGGGCCGUGGCUGGCGGUGGAGAUUCCAGAGAUGAUCCAGAGGGGCGUGGUCAAGUACAAGGAGAAGACGGACGGAGCCGCCGCCUCGUGAUCAGCCAGAGCCUUCCAACUCACCGGGACGGGACUAUAUUCUUGUGUUGACGGGCCAACCUGUGCAUUUUGUUUUCCUUAUUCAGAAUAUAUUUUAUGCCUAA